AUGCCACCAUCACACACACCCACACCCACCUCCGCCCUCUCAACAACCCUCAUCAUCCUCCUCCUCGCCCUCGCCUUCUUCCCCAACCUCUUCCACACCCUAACAACCCUCCCGCUCACCCUCCUCACCCACCUCUUCCUCCCCAGCAAAACAACAACAACAACAACAACCCCUCCACCGACGACGACUAUGUGGUUCCAAAAACAAUUCAGCCUCCCCGCCCGCGCCCGCGGCUCCUACCUCGUCACCGACCUCGUGCUCUCCCAGCUCCCCGAGAUAGCCGAGUAUAAAGUCGGGCUGUUGAAUUUGUUCGUGCAGCAUACGAGUUGCGCGCUGAGCUUGAAUGAGAAUUGGGAUGAGGAUGUGAGGCAUGACAUGACGGAUGCGCUGGAGCGCAUUGCGCCGUACGAGGGGAAGAAGGGGGAGGAGCUGUAUAGGCAUAGUGCUGAGGGGAGAGAUGAUAUGCCGGCGCAUAUCAAGAGCUCUCUCAUCGGCGCAAGCGUCACAAUCCCCAUCAAGGACGGAAAACUUGCGACCGGAACGUGGCAGGGUAUCUGGUACCUCGAGUUCCGAGCCGUAAAGCACACGCGCAAGAUCGUGGCGACGAUUCAGGGAGAGAAGUAUCAAUGA